UGACAGGCUGUAAGGUUCAGUUGGGAUUGAUGUACUCGUACACGUGAUGGUUUGUUGGUGCGCGUCAUUCGAGCCCCCGUCUUUCGAUCGCCUGCUUGUCCUGAACUGUAGCUAUCAGUUUGCAAAAUAAAAAAGAACCGAAAGAGAAACUCAACAGAGUAAUUUAAGGGCAGACUUCUGUAGCGGCGCUUAUACAUUUGGUAGUGUUUGUGGUUUCAGAUUUCAAAGUUAAAUCUGAAGGUGGCUAUUAUGGCUGGUUUGAUGUCAGGUUUUGGUAACUUCACCCAUGCCAUUGUACGAGCUAUUCCUUCGUCCUUUGCCAAAGAAGCGCUGAGGACAAACAGUUCGGAGGUGGAUCUGGCCAAGGCACAGCGGGAGCACGAGCAUUACGUCGGGGUUCUGAAGCAUAAACUCGGGCUGCAAGUGCUUGAACUACCCGCCGACGAAAGUCUUCCAGAUUGCGUGUUCGUGGAGGAUGCUGCCGUGGUGUGUGGUGACACCGCGCUGAUAACGAGACCCGGGGCAGCUAGCAGAAGAAAAGAGACUGAAGCCAUGAAGAAGGCGCUGAUGGAGCUGAACCUGAAUAUUGUGGAAAUGGAUGAUGAGACGGCUACCUUGGACGGAGGAGACGUACUUUUCACAGGUAGAGAGUUCUUCGUGGGCUUAUCCAAGAGGACCAACCAGCGAGGUGCAGAAAUUCUUGCUGAUGCAUUCAAGGACUACGCUGUGUCUACAGUGCCUGUGCUGGACGGCCUGCAUCUGAAGAGCUUCUGCAGCAUGGCGGGCCCAGGUCUCAUCGUGAUUGGCUCCAGCGAACCUGCCCAGAGAGCCCUGAAGAUCAUGCAGCAGAUGAGCGACCAUCGCUACGAUAAGCUGACGGUGCCUGAUGAUUUAGCUGCCAACUGUGUGUACAUGGACCUUCCCAGCAAAGGCCCCGUCCUGCUGCACUGCACACCGGAGGAGUACCCCGAGAGCGCUAAAGUCUUUGAGAAGCUGAAGGACCACAUGCUGAUCCCUGUCUCCAACUCAGAGAAGGUGAAAGUAGACGGUGCUCUCACCUGCUGCUCAGUGCUUAUUAACAAGAGGAUGGAGAUCUGACCGUGCUUAAGGAGUUCAGAGGAUUGGCUGCCCACAUGGCAGUUAGGCACAACACCUGACUCCAGGUGCUUUCUGCCUCCAACACCCAAUCCAGGAUCAGAUCACUAAAACCCAAGUUGGAACCCAAACCAUUGUACAAAAUAAAAAAAUAAAACUGAUCUAGGGUCAGUGUUUAUGGGCAGAAUCUAACUACCUGAGUGUAACCCUUUUUGUCAGUCUCUGUGCUACUGGUUAAUGUUUACAAUCUUUACAACAAUCACCUAUACCUUAUGGGGCGUAGAGUGGUUGGUUCAAAUCAAUUGGUACUGAAAGCCUCAUCUAGAUGCAUAGUGUAUUUAGGCCACUGAGAUCACAAUGCUUGA